AUGGCACACAACUGCAGAUUUUGUACAAAAAGCUUUCAUACCGCGUUUGGGUUGACACAGCAUAUGAGUGUGAAGCACCAGGGAAAAAUUGUUAUGCAAAAUUCACAACGUCAAAGACGUCAAAGAUUAGAAGAACCUGUACAUGAUGCGAAUUUAUGGGAUACGCCUGUUGUAAAGAUACAAAGGCCGUCAAUCUCAACAGAAAUUCAUACAUCAAAUAUGGGGGAAAUGGAUGAUAUGAAAGAACGGGCAUAUUAUGAUAUUAGCUCGGAUCUUAAGGAUAUUCGGGGGGCGACUAUUGAUGAUGCUCUAGAUAGCAUUGAAGGGAAAAAUAACCCACAAAUAUUGGUGGGAUGGCCCAAUGAUGCUUAUCACAACUUUAUGGAAUUAGUUAUAGAGGGUAAUAUUUCCAAUAAAAUUGGUGAUAAGAUAAUCAAGUUUUUUAAUAAACACAGCAAUUUGGAAGAGUCGCCGUUACCUAGGUCCACCAAAAGCGGCAAAGAUUAUCUUAGUCAAAUAAGAUUACCUUCUAUAGAUUUUAAAGAGAAGGUUGUUGCAAAUUACUCUGGAGUUGAUAUUACUCUUCAUUAUCGUCCAAUUAUUCGUUUAAUCCAAACGCUUUUAGAACGACCAAACGUAGCAGAAAACUUUGCUUUACGGGGGACUCUGAAUAAAAAGAAAAUUCCUCGCUUCCCUGGGUUAAAAUUAUUUAACAAAUUAGGUCAAUUAAAAGUAAUGACUGCUGCAGACUAUCGGCAUAUAAUGAAAGUCAUACUUUUUGCUCUUGAUGAUAUAUUUGAUAGGUGGAAUCAAAUAACUUGCAAAGAGCUUUGCAAGUUAUAUACCAGAUUUAGCAAAAUGUAUAUAAUGAGCCAGCAGGAAUCAUUUACUGAGAUAGAUCUGAAAAAUUUUGAGGACCAAUGGUCUGGACCACUGGUCCCACAUAAAAAAAACCCAAUUAGUCUGACCAUUAAAAUCAUUAUAAAGCUGUUCAUUGCAAAUGAGAGGUUUGGAAAGGUACUAUGGGAGUUGAAGCUGGACGCUAUCGAUGAAAAAGUAAAAUCGUUAAAAAGUUCGAACCAAAUACACCCAAACUACAUUGAAGGGUUGUCUGAAAUAGUUCCUGCGCUAUAUGCUUUCCUUGACACACCUUCACAGGAUUCAGUAAGUGAAGACUUUUAUGUAAAAGUCUAUGAUACAGUUCAUCUGGAAAGUGGCGAAAUUUUGAGGACUUCAGAUAACUUUCAAGGGAAAGAAUGGUUUAGCAACGUUGCAGUAUCUGCUGCAGAAGACCAAAUUCAGUAUGAGUCGGAUGAAGGUAUAUGGUAUGGAAGGUUAUUAAUUUUUCUGAGAUUUUACGAUGGAUUAGCAAAGGAUCCAUAUAACCUUGCAAUGAUUCGUUGGUAUGACAUUGAGCCAAUCGAACCAGAAUUAUAUG